CCAUUCGCUCUCGGCCAGUCAGACAUUGCUCUUUCACAGGAUAUCCAGAAUGUCCUCGCUGUCAGCAACAGCUCUCUGUAUACUUAUCCCACCGAUUUGACUCAGGGAAUCAUGCCNAAAAACAUUCAUUCUCACAAUGACUACUGGCCAUUCUGGACCGCUCUUUCCAAUGGUGUCGCCUCAGUGGAGGCAGAUGUGUGGCUUUACAAUGGUACACUUUAUGUACGUAAUCUCGCUCGAGAUCGAUACCAUCUGCAUGGCUACAGAUCUACGACUCUGAUUUUCUGGAUCGCUACUCACGCACAGCAGGUUGGACACGAGCAGUCUGCAUUGACACAUGCACGCACAUUCGAUUCCCUCUACAUUCAGCCUAUUCUUUCUGUUCUCAAGAAGCAGAACCCUAGCUCUCCUUUUGUGACGACACCUACUCACAACGGCGUUUUCGACACAGCAGCCGGUCAAACUCUUUAUCUGUGGGUUGAUGUCAAGACCAACGGCAGUGAAGCCUGGCCCUACGUCGUCAAGGCGCUCGAGCCCCUCCGUCAGGGCGGCUGGCUCACCAAGUACAACGGAACCGGAAUCACCAAUGGUACUGUCACUGUGAUUGGAACCGGUAACACNCCCAGAGACCAAGUCGAAAGCCAGAACAACCGCGACUACUUCUUCGACGGACCUCUAUCUACCCUGAACAGCUCGGCAAACUCAAACAUCACUCAAUUCCUCUCUCCCAUCGCAAGUACUAGUUUCUUGCAGUCGUUCGGCUGGCCAAAGGAUGGCAAGCUGAACGACACUAUAUUAGCCAAGUUGCGUGGACAAAUUAGCUACGCAGCCGCCAAAGGAAUUCAAACCAGAUAUUGGGUGAGUUUGGGCGCAUUGCUCAUCUCUUUACAUGUACUGACACAAUCCUCANNGGAAACUCCCAACUGGCCCAUCAAGGACAGAAACGCCAUCUGGCGUCUUCUCUGGGACGAAAACUCCUAUCUCAUUAACGCCGAUGACCUUGUUGGAGCCGCAAACUUCUGGGAGGGUGACUAU